GAACUUGUAAACAAACUGAAGCCGCAGCUGUUCGUGAAUGGCGCCAGUGAUAAGGACGUCACGCAAGGCUCACUGGGUGAUUGCUGGUUUUUGUCCGUCGCUGCAGUUGUUGCUCGCUAUCCACAUCUGAUUCAACAGGUCAUCCCAGGAGAUCAAUCGCUCAGUGGAAGUGAUUAUACGGGUUUGAUUGCGGUCCGUUUUUGGAAUUUAGGCAAGUGGACUACUGUGUAUAUCGACGAUAAUUUGCCCGUUGAUGAUGAUGAUAACCUUGUCUUUGGACAAUGCACAAGGAAGGGUGAAUUUUGGCUGCCUUUGCUGGAGAAAGCAUUUGCC